AUGCCACAAGUGCAAAUCCGCCCUGCCAAGCCCGCGGACCUACCCCAGAUCCGCACAAUCAACACGCACUAUAUCCUCCACACAUCACUCACAUUCGCGCAAGCCCCAGUCGCGGCGGAAACCCAUGCCACCAAGUAUGAUGAUUUACGCCAGCGAGGCCUUCCGUACCUCGUGGCUGUGGACACACAUGAACACAGACAGGAGGAGGUAAUUGUUGGGUAUACAUACCUCUCCCCUUUCCGCGAGCAGUUACUCGCCUACGCGCCGACUGUCGAGUUGACCCUUUUUGUUCAUCCGGAACACCACUUGCGGGGUAUUGGCUCGUUGCUUCUUGGCGAGGUUUUGGGGAUGUUGCACCGGCGGGUGAUUUUUCAUUGCCUCGCAGAGGAUGAGAGGACGGUAGUGCAGAAUAUCAUUGCUGUUAUGGCUGUUGAUCCGGAGGGGAAGGACGGUGGGGAGGCGUUGAGGCGGUGGUAUCUUAACCGUGGGUUUGUCGAGCGGGGGAGGUUGGAGAAGGUUGGGUUUAAGAGGGGGUUUUGGAUCGAUACUGUUUAUUUACAAUGUUCUGCCUCUGGUUCAGAAUCCUAG